UUUCACGGUGGAGAACAAAAGUUGCGCUUGCUUGCAGAAAAGAGAAAGGCACGGUCGUAGAUUAUUUAAGCUUCAGAACAGAGAGACAAACAGACAUCUACACUUCGAAGCUGUGUAAACCUGUGAGAGUCAAUCUCUCUCUACUUUCCAAACAUGGCUGUGGUGGAGUUGAAGGUUGGGAUGCACUGCGACAGGUGCAUCAAGGCGAUCAAGAAGGCAAUAAAAACGAUCGAUGAUAUGGAGAGUUAUCAGCUAGAGACAGAGAUAAACAAGGUCACCGUGACAGGAAAUGUUACCCCAGAUGAAGUCGUCAAGGCUCUGCAGAAGAUUGGGAAGACGGCAACUAACUGGGGUGAAGACUGAAGUGUUCAUCUUUAGCUAGUAGUAUAUAUCAGCUGAUGACUUGAUGUCCUUAGUCCUUAGUCCUUUCUAUGGUUACUUUGAGCUGUUUAUACUGCAGAUAUACAGUAGUACUAAGGAACAUAAAGUGGGUAAACUCGGCAUUGCUUACUCUCCCUCAGUAGUUGAUUAAUGCAAUGGAUUAUGCGUUGCCCUGUUGGAUUACCUUACCUCCUUUGAUGUGUACCUGAUUUGUUUGCAAAAUCUUCCGGAUGAUGAGACAAACUUUUCUACGUUUUCA